ACCAGCUGGACGGGUGCUACGUGUGGCUGCGUACGGGUUGCCGGGACGACCGCCUCAGCCUCGCCGCCCGCUACCGCCUCCUCGAGAUCAUCGAACUUCGCGCCAUGAACUGGCGACCGAACCACAACCUGGUCACUUACUACCAGAACAAGCUGCAGCACAUCGAGGCGGAGGAGGCGGCCAUGGAAGAGCAGACGGAGCUCACGGCCAUGCUCACCCCUAUCACCCCCCUUCACACUCCCACGACUCCUUCAGGUGGUGUCUUCCAGCCGCAGAUUGCAGCAGCAGCUCCUGCAUCUCUCCAAUUCACGACCUACGCACAGCCUGGCCUACUGCCAUCUGCACAGCCUGCACUCCUACCAUCUGCACAGCCUGGCCUCCUACCAUCUGCACAGCCAUUGCUGUUCACCGGCCAGUACCAGCAAACCCUCCUGCCCCUGGACCAGUACCAGCAGCAGGCACAAGUGUUGGCAGCUCCCCUGCUCUCACCAGGGGAGUUGGUGCGCAACUCGGGGAAGUUCACGAAGCCCACGCGCAUCGCGGGGAAGACUUACUGCAAGGAUGAAGUGGUCAUCCGCAACCAGGACUCCGGCAAGGUGAUGGGCAUCAAGGGCCGACGAGUGCACAUGAUAGAGGAGCUGUCGGAGACCAUCAUCUCCUUCCAGCGAGUGGCCCCAGGGGCGCGUGAGAGGCUCGUGCAGAUCACGGGCCCCACCGAGGAGAGCAUCAGCCAGGCAAAGCAGCUGAUCGAGGACACGAUAAGGCGCAACGCGUCGCCUGUCCGUGAGGCGCUGAGCCUCAGCAGCGGCGGCUCCUGCACCUUCAGCAGCAGCCCUCUGAACGGCAGCACCUCCAGCAUCGCCUCCCACACUGACGAGGACACGUCAUCCCUUAAUGGUUGUCGCCGCGGCGCCGGAACUCAGGCGUCGCCCUCAGGGGGCGACAGCGUGGGCGACUACCGCUACACCGUCGCCCACAACUCCAACGCCGUCCGUAUAACUGGCACCAACCUCACCAUGGUCAGGGAGGCCUUGGGUGAUCUGGAGGAGGCCUUGGGUGAUCUGGAGGAGGCCUUGGGUGAUCUGGAGGAGGCCUUGGGUGAUCUGGAGGAGGCCUUCACACUUGGGACCGGUCCGGUGGUGGAGGCAGCGGAGGCGGGGGGCGGCGCCCUGAGGACGCGGCGAGCGGCCUUCGCCAGGACCGUCGAGCAGCGCGCACAGCCGAGCGGUAGUGGUGAUGGGGCGCAGGGAGGUGAUGGUGGUGGUGAGCCGCGGCGCUACAGCCGCGCGGCACUCGUGGCGCUCGCCGCCGCCCCCGCCAGCCGCCGCACCCCCGCCACGUGGGGGACGGUCGUGCGCACCACCCCCGACCUCCUCAAGAAGGGCUCGGUCUAUCAGGCCGGAGUGGUGGCGACCAUGAAUGAGCACGGCGAGUCAUCCAUCAACGGGGCACCCACCUACCUCAAGCCCAGCGAUCUGCUCUUCGUGAACGAGCAGAAGAAGAGCGCUGAAGGAGGGAAGUGAAUCGUGGUGAAGUGCAUUGAAGUGACGUGAAGGGAAGAGCGGUCUUGGUUUAAUCCUCAAUAUACCAUCUAUCACGUGAAUAGAGUUAAGAUUUAUACUUCAUAACGUCGUCAAAAUUAGAUAAUCUAUAUAUUUUCCAGAUUCAUGUUUUUUCAUGUUGCUCUUGAAUUUAUAGCUAUGGUGAUGGUUAAAUCAAUCUAACAAACAACGGCAUAUCCGAUAAAAGGGUAAAGGGAAGCUCAAAGUUUGGUCAGCAAUUAUUUACACUUAGAGAAAUGAGUGAAAUCUGUCCCAAUAGCAAUGCACUUUUUAAGCUUGCGUGGGUCAUUCUGACCCAGUUUCUCCCGGCAAAAGUUUUCGAUGGACCUUAGGUAAGAACGUGUUUCGCUAUUUGAACAUGAACUAUCUAUUUUCAGAGUGUAGAGACGUUAUAAGAAACAAAUGAAGAAAAUCAAACCACGUAGUUUUGUGUAGCCUGUCAACCCCCCAUCAUCUUGCGAGGCGAAUAGUUAUAUAUUAUCGAACGCCUUAUAUAUAUAAGACUUGUUGUUAUUGUUUCAUGUUGUUACAGCAACCUCAUCUUGAAACACGUUAUGUUAUACUCGUUAUGUUUGUGCUCGAUACUGUCUAACUUUUUUGGCCAUUCAUGUUUUUAUUUGUUCAAAAAUUUUAAGCGAAUAAUUUUUUUUUGGUCGAAAGUUUCUUUCGAUUGGUUUUGUGUGAAUGUGUCGGUUAAACGCUUAUAACAAUUCACGUUUUUGCAUAAAUUUGUCGGUCAAACGUUUUCUAAAAAUUCAUGAUUUGUUCAUAAGGGAGGCGUUUCUUUCAUUUUGU